CUAUUUCUAUUAGCGUUAUUAGAAUUCUGCGGCCAAUAGAUAGUUAAUCGUAAUACCUUCAACAUGUAGUAAGCCCUUGACAUGAAAGAAAACCUUUGCAAGCGACAUUUUCCAAUGUAUCUUAAUAGAAUCUUUUCUGCAUGUACAAACACACGUGUUAAUGCGUUUAUUAUGUUAGGUAACUCCUUUAAAAAGAUUACAGCGUGUAAAUACCUAAGGUCAACCCGAUCUUCUGCCGACGGGACGUGUUUAUUCUGUCCAUAUAAUAAAACCGAAUAGGUGAAAAAUAAAUAGAGUCUACGCGACAGGCGAAGUAAAGCGCUAGGCUUUCAUAGCUACUAAACCAAACGUAGAAGGAGAAGAGAAUAUAAAAGAAAAAUGUCAAAACGGUGAUAUUUGUGGAAUAAACACGAAACACAGUGGAUAAUUAGUUAAAAACAGUGCAAAAUGAAGUGUAGUGUGGUGUUUAUGAUAGCUCUACUUUUGCGGAUGGCGAUCGCGAGUCGAGUUCAUGCUGUCAGUUAUCUCACUAACUCCACAUUUCAAGAAAUGGAGUUCAAAUCGGAGUCCAGUUUGUCCCUGAGGGAUAUUCUGCCAGUAAAAGCCAAGUAUUAUGAUAAGAACAGAGCUCCCAAGCUCUUGGGUCAGCCCACCAUAGUUUACUUCCAUGUCACUGUGCUGUCUUUGGAUUCCAUAAAUGAGGAGAGUAUGACAUACGUAGCGGACAUAUUCCUCGCCCAAUCCUGGCGGGACCCUCGUCUCCGACUACCAGAGAACAUGCACGAAGAGUACAGAAUCCUCGACGUGGACUGGCUCAAUAACAUCUGGAGACCAGACUGCUUCUUCAAAAACGCGAAGAAGGUCACCUUCCACGAGAUGAGCAUACCCAACCACUACUUGUGGCUGUACCAUGAUAAAACUCUGCUCUAUAUGUCCAAAUUGACGCUCGUCCUGUCUUGUGCGAUGAAAUUUGAAUCGUAUCCGCACGAUACUCAAAGCUGUUCCAUGAUGAUCGAGAGCUUAUCACACACUGUACACGAUCUGGUAUUCAUAUGGAACUUAACCGACCCGUUGGUGGUGAAUCCAGAAAUCGAGUUACCUCAGCUGGAUAUCUCCAACAAUUAUACUACGGAUUGCACCAUUGAAUAUUCUACAGGUAAUUUCACAUGCCUAGCCGUGGUAUUCAACCUGCGUCGUCGGCUGGGCUACCAUCUCUUCCACACGUACAUACCAUCAGCGCUGAUUGUGGUCAUGUCCUGGAUAUCCUUCUGGAUCAAGCCUGAAGCUAUUCCUGCCAGAGUAACUUUAGGUGUCACGUCACUUUUGACUUUGGCAACCCAAAACACCCAGUCCCAGCAAAGCCUACCACCAGUCUCGUACGUGAAAGCGAUAGACGUAUGGAUGUCUUCGUGCUCAGUUUUCGUCUUCCUGUCCCUGUUCGAGUUCGCAGUGGUCAAUAAUUAUAUGGGCCCAGUCGCCACUAAGGCCAUGAAGGGCUAUUCUGAUGAAGACCUGUCCAAAGAACUGGAUGCUUAUAAACACAUAUUCCCAAACUCCGUGGACCCUCGCGCCAGUACAUCUGCCUCGCUCCCGCAGUACGACACUUUCUGCAACGGAAGAGAGACAGCUGUAUACAUUGACAGGUUCUCUAGGUUCUUCUUUCCCUUUUCCUUCUUCAUCCUCAAUGUUGUCUAUUGGUCUACAUUUUUGUAAACUCUUUGUUGAAUUUAACUCUGUGCCUGUUAAAAUGAGACAGUAAAUUCUGAACUUAAGUUAACUUAAACUGAGUGUGAAUCUGUCAUUAUAUGAAAAUUUACUUUCGGGAAAACGUCACGAUCUUACCUUAAGCCCUAAUUCGCACGAGCGUUAAAAAAGCGU